AUGCUUGCUCUAUUUGGUUUUAUAGGAAAUGCUUUAUCAAAUUCCGAAACGUGUAUGCAUAACAGAGAGGAAAUAGUUGUCUUGAGUUCUCGGCUUGGAAGUAUUGAGAAACAAUAUCAAACCUCAAACAAAAAUACAAUGAAGUUCUCUGUAGUGUUUAUUUGUAUACUGCAGUUGAUACUAGUCACAUCACAAAGCAAUGAAAACAAGGACAUUGAUCAGGUUGGUCAGGAUUUGAGAAAAAAGUUUGAUGGUAUUGUUGAUAAUAUAAGAAAAGAACAAGCCGGUUUAGGAGCAGGAGCAAUUGUGGGAAUUGUAUUCGGCUGUCUCGCAGGACUUGCAAUCAUCGGUGCCAUAAUCUACUUUGUUCGACGGUGGCUAUCGUCUAGAUAA